CUAGCUUGUUGGCCGGCCAAUAAACCUCUUCCUCUCCUAUAUAAAUGUAUGGUCAGGGACUACAAAAUAAAAGUUAGCUAAUACCAAAAGCAGGAAUAUAUUAUAUAUAGAUAGCCCUACUUUCUUCUUAGGAAACGCAAAAAUGGUGAUAUUGCAUACGUUAUCGACAAAAAUGAAUGCAACAAUAGUAGGGUCAGGAAAAGAAACGAUAAUUCUGGCACAUGGAUAUGGAGGAGACCAGUCUGUUUGGGACAAAAUAUUGCCCAAACUGUGUGAGUGUUACCAGAUUCUGCUCUUUGACUGGAGCUUUUCUGGAUCUGUAAAAGAUCAUCAAAGUCUUUUUGACACUGAGAAAUACUCCUCCUAUGAAGCUUUUGCUGAUGACUUGAUAGGUCUUGUAGAUGAAAUGAAGUUGGAUUCCUCAAUAUUUGUGGGUCAUUCCAUGUCUGGAAUCAUUGGUUGCAUUGCUUCUAUCAAAAGACCUCACCUCUUCAAGAGGCUCAUCCUUGUUGCAUCUUCUCCAAGGUUCAUUAACUUGGACGAUUACGAAGGAGGUUUCGAAAUAGGAGAGAUGGAAGAGAUGUUUAAAAACAUUGAGGAGAAGUAUGAGAUUUGGAGUUCAAACUUUGCUCGUAUAGCUGUGGAUCCAAGUGAUCCUCCUUCUGUUGAGAAAUUUGAGAAAUCAUUGAAGAGAAUGGGAGUUGAAGUUGGAUUACCUUUGGCCAAAAAUGUAUUUAUGAUUGAUUAUAGAGGCAUUCUUGACAAAGUUAUCACCCCAUGUACCAUAAUCCAAUGCAAGACUGAUUUUGCUGUUCCAAACUCAGUUGCUACUUUCAUGCACAACAAUAUCAAGGGAGAAUCAACGGUUGAGAUCAUCAAUACUCGAGGCCAUUUCCCUCAGCUCACUGCUCAUGAAGAAUUCCUUGAUGUCAUUCAUAGAGUCUUAGCUUCUUAGAACAAAGUUACUUGAUGUACUUUCUUUUAUUUUGUUUUUUUAAUUUUGGUAGUGAAGAAAAAAGAUGAACUAAGGUUAAAAGAAAAGAACAAUGAUCCUUUGUGGAAUAAAGUAUAGUAGUGAUCUUGUAUCCAUGACCUUUCUUGGAUAGAAGAUGAUGUUUGGUCAUUGGUUAGGAUGAUUUGUAUGGUUGCCACAGUUUGGGUUGAGAGUGUUUUGAAUGCAUAGUUUAUCAAUUGGUUGCAAA